UUGGGUGGUGGCAAGGCUGUAUGGUGGUGGUCGGUGGUGGAAUUCUCAGGGACGCGCUGCCGAGGGGGGCUCGUCUCGUCUGUAUCUCUAUGGGCGCGGCGGCCCGGCCCAGUCCGACUCGCCGAGCAGCGGCCUCCCGACGGACGUGUGCCGCAGUGACCGGUCCGCCGCCGCCGCACUCAGCAGUCAGCACUUCGACCACUGAGCCCCGACCGACCGUCUGACGACCUGCGAGGUCCAGUCCACCACUCGGUUUUUGUCUCCGCCGUCCCGCCAUGGCCUCUGAGGAGAACCUGGGCGUGGUGCUGCACGCCAAGAACGACGUGCGCGUCGAGCCGCUGCCGAUGCCCACGGCCGGCCCCGGAGAGGUGGUCGUCCGCAUGGACUCGGUCGGCAUCUGCGGCUCCGACGUCAGCUACGUCUACAAGGGCCAGAUCGGUCACUUUGUGGUGCGCGCGCCCAUGGUGCUGGGCCACGAGUCGAGCGGCGUGGUGCACGCGCUGGGCGAGGGCGUCACCGAGCUGAGCGUGGGCGACCGGGUGGCCAUCGAGCCGGGCGUGCCGUGCCGCCGCUGCGAGCAGUGCAAGCGCGGCACCUACAACCUGUGCCCGGACGUGGUGUUUUGCGCCACGCCGCCGGUGCACGGCAACCUGUGCCGCUACUACCGGCACGCGGCCGACUUCUGCCACCGGCUGCCCGACUCUGUGUCGCUGGAGGAGGGCGCGCUCAUGGAGCCGCUCUCGGUGGGCGUGCACGCGUGCCGGCGCGCCGGCGUCACGGCCGGCCACCGGGUGCUGGUCUGCGGCGCCGGACCGAUCGGCCUGGUCAGCCUGCUGGCGGCGCGCGCGCUCGGCGCCGUCGAGGUGGUGGUGACGGACGUGACGGCCGGCCGGCUGGAGCUGGCCGCCCAGCUGGGCGCCCAGCACACGCUGCUGGUCGACUCGCGCGACGCGCCGGCGCUGGCCGAGCGCGUGGCGGCGCUGCUGGGCGGCCACCAGCCGGACGUCACCAUCGAGUGCAGCGGCGCCGAGCCCAGCAUCCAGCUGGCCAUCCACGCCACGGCCUCGGGCGGCGCCGUCGUGCUGGUCGGCAUGGGCCCGGCCGUCGUCUCAGUGCCCAUCAUCCACGCGGCCUCGCGCGAGGUGGAUAUCCGCGGCAUCUUCCGGUACGCCAACUGCUACCCGACGGCGAUCGAGCUGGUGCGCCGCGGCCUGGUGGACGUCAAGCCGCUAAUCACCCACCGGUUCCCGCUGGAGCGCUCCGUGGAGGCGUUCGAGACGGCGCGUACCGGCGCCGGCGGAGCUGUCAAGGUGAUGAUCAAGUGCCAGCCCGAGGAGUAGCGGCGCCGGUCACCAGGGGCUGAUCGCCGCGUCCGGCCGCCGUGACGGGCGGGGCGGGGCCGGGGUGCCGCCACUGUGUGCCUGUUUUUGCCGGGAGUCGGGCGGAGUCUGGUCGGUAGUGGUCAGUAGCCGGGCUAAAAAAACGGUUUUUAUUUCUUUUAUUAGAUGUUAUGUUAUGGAAAAUACUCAAGAUAGCUAGGCCUACACUAGGUUUAACACCUGCAUGUAUUCUUUAUAUGAUUGUAUGAAGUGAUGAUGUAUGUAUCAUGUGUCCAAGGGACCUUCAUUGCCAGAAUCUCUCGCUCCAAGCAUACCCAGGUUCAUACACAGCACAGCUUCUGAAGUAAUGCCCCUUGUACAAAAACGUCGCAGGUUGUGGGGUCGUAGUGUGAUUGGACCUCCCCACUCUACUGCCACAGCUCAUGAGCUCGGAGUUGGGGUGGGCCUUGGCUGUCGAGCCACCAGAGUCCCUCUGCAGUCUGUCGGGCCAGUGCUGACAUGUUCAAAUAAACUGUGGGCUUCGGAGGUGCAAACCAGUGCAAUACAUACAUGCCUGGACCCUAGCAAUGCCCUCACUGUGGUGAUGAUAACUGCGAUUAUCUCGCACAAAACUAUUUGUAAUCUGAUCUUUGAGGUCAGUGAGUGAAACGUUAAAUUCGGAAAUAUAGUUACCCAAAGAGGCUAA